AUAAUGAGAUAGAGGGAGUAUUAUAACAAAAAUAAAUAAAUAAAUAUUACAAGUACUUUGUAGGUGAUGUCAAUUGUUUUAACUUACUAGUACAAAUUUUGAAAUAUGAAGAUGAAAUUAUGGAAAAUUUUAAAGUUAAAGACAAGUUUUAGAAAAUUGUAAAAUAUUAAAUGGAGCAAUAAUUAAAGGAGAUGAGAAAGAGAAAUGAGCUACUCCAGUACUUGAGUAGCUUCAUUUUUUCACACAUCAAUUACUCAAUAAAGUACACCUCAAUUACUCUGUCACAGUCUCUUUUAUCCGCUUAUUUCUAAAUUCGGAAAAUGGUAGAGAGCAAUAUGCCGGCGAUCGGAAUCGAUCUCGGCACGACGCAUUCGUGUGUGGCAGUUUGGCAGCACGGCCGUGUGGAGGUCAUCCCCAAUGAUCAUGGUAAUCGCACGACGCCGUCUUAUGUUUCUUUCACCCAAACUCACCGUUUUACUGGUGAUGCUGCUUUUAACCAACUCAUCACUAACCCUUGUAACACCAUUUUUGAUGCAAAGAGGCUAAUUGGGCGGGAGUUUGAUGAUGAAUUAGUGCAAAAGGACAUGAUACUUUGGCCUUUUCAGGUUGAUGCUAGCCCUUGUCAUGGAACUGGCAAGAAGCCUGUGGUUGCAGUUACCUACAAGGGAGAACAGAGGAAGUUUGCAGCAAUAGAAAUUUCUGCUAUGGUCCUGAUGAAAAUGAAAGAAGUUGCAGAGGCAUAUGUUGGCUCAGCUGUGAAUAAUGCUGUUGUUACUGUUCCAGCUUAUUUUAAUAAUCUGCAGCGCCAGGCAACUAAGGAUGCUGCAACCAUUGCUGGGCUUAGUGGUGUACGAAUUAUUAACGAGCCAACAGCAUCUGCCUUUGCAUAUGGCCUUGCCCAGAAGCCUAAUGGCAGCAAUGUGGUGAGAAGAAAUGUUUUGGUAAUUGAUCUUGGUGGGGGAACUUUUGAUGUAGCCUUGGUUACUUUUAAAAAGAAUGUAAUUCGAGUAAAAUCAGUUAGCGGAGACACCCAUUUAGGAGGAGGAGAUUUUGACAUCAGAAUGGUUAGACACUUUUCAGCUGAGUUUGAAGAGAAGCAUCAUAAGGACAUCAGUCGAAAUCCUAGGGCCAUGGCAAGGCUGAGAGCUGCCUGUGAGAGGGCAAAAAGGAACCUUUCUUCAACAUCUAUAGCUACAAUUGAGAUUGAUUGUCUUCUAGAAGGCACUGAUUUUUCCUCAACUAUUACUCGUGCCCAAUUUGAGAACUUAAAUUUGGACUUGUUUGAAGAGUGUAUAAAACAUGUAAAGAAAUGCUUGAAGGAUGCUAAAAUGGUUAAAGGUGAUGUUGAUGAUGUUGUCCUAGUUGGUGGAUCAAGUAGAAUCCCUAAAGUUCAACAACUGUUGCAAGACUUCUUUUGUGGUAAGGAACUCUACAAAAGCAUUAACCCGGAUGAGGCCGUUGCUUGUGGGGCUGCCAUUUAUGCUGCAAGUUUGAGCUGUUUUGAUGAUAACAAUCCGAGGCUUGUUGAUGUAACUCCAUUGUCUAUUGGGGUUAAGGUUCAUUUGGGAAGAAUGGCUGUUGUCAUUCCAAGGAACAGCCCUAUUCCAACGAGAAUGGAGAAGAUCUUUACAACUUCAAGGGACUACAAGACUCGAGUAUAUAUUCCUGUGCACCAAGGUGAGACACUUGAAGCAUCGGACACUAACUUUUUAUGUGAAUUGAAGUUCUCAGGAAUUCCUCAAGCACAGAAACACAUUCCUAGAAUUGAAGUCUUCUUUAAAAUUGAUGCUGAUGGUAUUCUACAUUGUUCUGCCCAGGAGCUGAUGACUGGCAACAAAAUCAGAGCUAUAGCACACUAUCACAGUGGGAGAUUGUCGAGAAAAGAGGUUAGGAGGAUGGUGAAAGAUGCUGAAAAGUUUAGGGUUGCGGAUAAGCAGUAUCAAGAGAAGGUAAAAGCUAUGAAUUCCUUAGAAACAUAUACUCAAAACAUGGAAACAAUGCUAGAAUGUCAUGGAGCAAAAGUUGGGCUCAGUGAGAGGCGGAAGAUGGCGGUUGCUAUUAAUCAGACAAUCCAAUGGCUAGACCAGAAUUUUGUUCUCGCAGAAGGUUGCAAGUUUGAGGACAAAAUGAUAGAACUCGAGGGCGUUUGUGGACCAAUUAUCACAAAGAUGCUUGAGACACAGAAUUUAUCAAUGAGUAACAAUGGCGCAAGUGGCAGCAGAGCAAAAAUUGAGAUCAUCGAACUUGACUUGGAUUAAUCUGUUGUUGCUGCGUAUUUUAAUUUGCAGACAGAUUGGUAUGGUAAGAGUUCAUUGUACUGGUUGUAAUUCUUUUGUAGGAUAGAACACUCAAUCAAAAUUAGUGCUUCUUUAUGAUUAAUGUUUCAAAUAGUAACUUCACUUGUAUGUUGUAUCAAUGAUUUGCAUGACACUGUUAAUAAAAGCUUUAAGGAGUGAUUCAGGAAAAUGUGUCAAUAACUGUGAUUAUAAUGCUUGCGA